CAGAAUAUGAUGAAGAUGAAAGGAAUUAAAUCAAAACUGAAGAAGGAUGGAGAAUUUAUCCCUCCAGAUGGAGGAUGGGGUUGGAUAAUUAUAUUUGCUGCCGGUAUUUCUAACCUGUCGACAUUACCAAUCCUGCAGCAGUUUGGUCUGCUUUGCAGAGAUAAGCUCGCCCGACUUGGCAUUGCUAGCUCAGAGACAACAACUAUUCUGAACAUCAAUUUCGCAAUGGCCUCAUGUGCUGGUCUCGUAAAUGGCCCUAUGUUUAAAACAUUCAGCUAUCGACAGGUAUCGCUAGCUGGAGCGAUAAUUGUAUUCAUUUCGCUAAUGUUUACAACAUUUUCGUACAAUUUUAUCACAUAUCUUAUAUUUUUUUCUAUAUUAUAUGGUUUUGGGUAUGGCAUUAGUAGUUCAGCUAACGCUCUUGCAUUAAACACAUACUGGAAAAAUAGAAGAAGGUUAGCGACUGGACUAUCAUGGACUAUAACUGGUUUAGGACCUGUGAUAUGGCCACACAUAGUAACAGGCCUAUUUACCAUAUACGGAGAAACAGGAACAAUUCUCAUUAUAAGCGGAUUAUCAUUACAUGCAAUAGCAUGUGCUCUUUUUUUGCACCCCGUUGAAUGGCAUAGUAAAAAACCUGUCCCAAAUGAAAAGGAAAAUAAAAAUUUUGAAAUAGAUGAAGAAAAAUCACAACAUAAAUGUAAAACGGAUUUAGACAGUAAAGAUCUAAAAGAAAGUGGAUACUAUAGUACCUUUUUUAAAAAUGAAGAGAAUCCCAGUUCUGAUGUUAUACACUCAAAAUCAUUAUGUGUUAGUAACAAUUUGGAAUUGAGAAAUUCGACGAGUAGCUUAUCUUCAAUAAAUACUUCCAUAAAGAAAUCAAAAAAUUGUUCAAUUACAAACAUCGUAGAAAAAUUGUCUCGCAAAUCAUCAUUACAUUUAAAUGAAUCAAAAAGUAAUUCUUCAGUAAGUCUUGAAACUGGUUCUGAUGAAAAGGAUAAAUACUCAAGUAAAUUAAAGCGUAAUGCAUCUCUAAAAUUAAAGAUUCCAGAAUCAGAAAUAGAAGACUUAAUAAGUCCACAGUAUUCAAAAAUAUAUACAGAGGUGAUCAUAGAAACCAAAGCAGAUAAAUCAAAAGGUAUUGCAAAUGGAUCAGAGAAAUAUAUAAAUUCUUUCAAAUUGAAUAAUCAGCAUGAAGAACAGUAUUCACAAGAUGCUUAUGAUAAGAACUGUUUAAAAGAAACUCCUAGCAAUCAAUUAUAUGAUACCGGCCAUGGGGAAAUCUCUAAUACUUUUAAUAAAGAUAAUGAAGUUUUAAAUCAAGCCUCUACAAAAUUGCAAAGUUUAAAGGAUAAUAAAAAUAAUGAUGAGGAAGAAAAUAUCGAUGACAGAGAAUUCACAUUUUGCGAGAAAAUUUACGUUUAUUUUGAUUUGGAUCUUUUGAAAGAUUUUACUUAUAUAAAUCUUAUGUUAGGAAUAACUUUGUCGAAUUUUAAUGAACUAAAUUUCUCAGUACUAACGCCUUUCAUUCUUGGUGAUCAUGGGUAUUCAAAAGUUGAAGUAGCCUAUUAUAUGUCUCUCCUAGCUGGAAUUGACCUUUCUGUUAGAUUUUGCAUCCCAUUUAUUGCUGGUAAAAUAGAAUGGGAUAACAAUACAUUUUACCUUAUUGGGAUCACAUUUAUGGCUAUAGGAAGAAUAGUUUUGGCACACUUUGAUUCCUACCACGCGGUACUGUUUGUAGCGGUUAUAGUAGGAUUUGGCAAAGGCAUGAGAACAGUAUUCAUGGCGCUAGUCCUACCCACUCAUGUACCCCUUCACAAAUUACCAGGAGCGACUGGCCUUCAGCUAUUGACCGCUGGAAUCGUCUACCUUACAUUAGGACCGGUUGUAGGUUGGAUCAAAGACAAUACGUCCACCGCUGUGACUUUGCAUUGCCUGAAUAUAUUCACGUGGAUGACAAUCUUGUCUUGGAGUCUAGAAAAAUACUUCCGGAAAAGAAAGCAAAGGGCUGAUGCAACAACCGAUUCCGGAUCUACGUGA